AUGACGCCGCCCACACGUUCCCAGCCUUCAGCAGACGGCACUUUGAGAACCAAGCGUUCAAGUGACUCAGAGCUGCUCCGUUUGUAUUCUCAGGAAGACUUCGACGUCGAUCACUUCGUGUCUGACUGUCGGAAGCGGGUCCAGCUGGAGGAGCUGAGGGAUGACCUGGAACUCUACUACAAGCUGCUGAAGACCGCCAUGGUCGAGCUCAUCAACAAGGACUACGCAGACUUCGUCAACCUCUCCACAAACCUGGUUGGCAUGGACAAGGUCCUCAACCAGCUCUCAGUGCCUUUGGGACAGUUACGAGAAGAAGUUCUGAGUCUCAGGUCAUCUGUCAGUGAAGGAAUUCGGGCAGUAGAUGAACGAAUGUCUAAACAAGAGGACAUUAGGGGGAAAAAGAUGUGUGUGUUGAGGCUUAUUCAAGUUAUUCGGUCGGUUGAGAAAAUUGAAAAGAUCUUAAAUUCCCAGAGUUCUAAAGAAACAUCCGCACUGGAAGGACACAGCCCACUGCUGACGGGACAGACUUUGGAGAGAAUCGCCACAGAAUUUAACCAGUUACAGUUCCAUGCAGUUCAAAGCAAAGGCAUGCCUCUCCUGGACAAAGUGAGACCACGGAUCGCGGGCAUCACGGCCAUGCUGCAGCAGUCGCUGGAGGGCCUCCUGCUCGAAGGGCUUCAGACGGCGGAUGUCGACAUCGUCCGGCACUGCUUACGGACGUACGCCACCAUCGACAAGACCCGCGACGCAGAGGCCCUCGUCGGUCAGGUUCUGGUGAAGCCAUACAUGGACCAGGUGAUUAUAGAGCAGGUGGUUGACGCUCAUCCCAAUGGCCUGCAGAUCAUGUACAACAAGCUCCUGGAGUUUGUGCCUCACCAUUGCCGCCUUCUUCGGGAAGUCACAGGCGGGGCCAUCUCAAGUGAGAAAGGCAAUACUGUUCCCGGAUAUGAUUUUUUGGUGAAUUCGGUCUGGCCGGAAAUAGUGCGAGGAUUAGAGGAGAACCUGCCCUCACUCUUUAACCCUGGGGAUCCCAAUGCAUUUCACGAGAAAUACACCAUCAGCAUGGGCUUCGUGAGGGCAUUUGAACGGCAGUGCGGAUCCCAGGCCAGCGUGAGGAGACUGCGCGCGCAUCCUGCCUAUCACAGCUUCAACAAUAAGUGGAACUUGCCAGUUUAUUUUCAAAUACGGUUCAGAGAGAUCGCGGGAUCCUUAGAGGCAGCGCUGACAGAUGCCCUGGAAGACGCUCCAGCUGGGAGCGCCUACUGCCUGCUGGCGUCUCACCGGACGUGGAGCUGCCUGCAGAGGUGCUGGUCGGAGCAGCUGUUCCUGCCGUCGCUGGCGCAUCGGCUGUGGAGGCUCACGCUGCAGGUGUUGGCGCGGUACUCCGUGUUCCUCAACGAGCUUCUGCUCAGGCCCAUCUCGAAUGAGAGCGCCAAGGACGUUAGGAAGCCUCUGGGAACUGCUAGCAAAGACGCUCCCGCUGCCCCGGGAAACAGCGAGGACCCGGGCAGCGGCCCUUCCGAGGCGAAGCCCACGGCUACCAUCUCCAGCACGCAGCUCGUGCACGCGGCCGCCGACCUGGCCCGGCUGCAGGAGCAGCUUCCAGAACUCUUGGAAAUCAUCCAGCCCAAACUCGAGAUGAUUGGCUUUAAGAAUUUUUCUUCUAUCUCAGCCGCCCUGGAGGACUCGCGGCUGUCCCUGUCGGCCUGCGCGCCCGCCCUCAGUGCCAGGAUCGUCCAGGACCUGAGCGAGUCCUGCUUCGCUUCCCUGAAGAGCGCCCUGGAGGUGCCCCGGCUGUACCGACGGACCAACAAGGAGGUGCCCACGACAGCCUCCUCUUACGUGGACAGCGCUCUGAGGCCGUGCCACCAGCUGCGGAGCGGGCACCAGGACAAGCUCAAGCCCGAGCUGAUCCAGCAGUGGCUGGAGGGCGCGCUGUCCGAGAGCACGCACAGGUUCUAUGAAACCGUGUCCGACGUCUUGCACUCCGUGAAGAAGAUGGAGGAGAGCCUGAAGAGGCUCAAACAAGCCCGGAAAUCCUCCCCCGCCAACCCCGGUGGGUCCGGCGGCGGCGGCGGCAUGAGCGACGAUGACAAAAUCCGGCUGCAGCUGGCCUUGGACGGCAGUUUGUUCUAUGAAACCGUGUCCGACGUCUUGCACUCCGUGAAGAAGAUGGAGGAGAGCCUGAAGAGGCUCAAACAAGCCCGGAAAUCCUCCCCCGCCAACCCCGGUGGGUCCGGCGGCGGCGGCGGCAUGAGCGACGAUGACAAAAUCCGGCUGCAGCUGGCCUUGGACGUGGAUUACUUAGGGGACCAGGUAACCGCGAGCGUCCGUUCCAGGGACUCUGGAACCGAGUCCUGGGGUCACCUGGUGGCUCACGUGAGCCCGGAGAUGCCGUCGAGGGUCAGGAGGCUGUUCCCUCCGCUGGGAAAAGGGAUCGGGGCCCCAAAUCCGUGA